AUGGAAACAAUGUUAACAAUGAACAAAAAGAUUUCUUAUUUAAAUCAAAUUUUGACAAUAUUUUAUGCUUGCGAUAUGACAGACUCUGUGACACAAAGUGCAUAUUCAAAUUUUUGUUGUACUUAUUUUGAUACUGCCAAAUUAAACAUAACUUGGAAUAUUGCCGCUUUUACAAAAAUUAGAAAAUUUCACCUAGAUAAUUUGAAUUUAAAAAGUUUGCCAUUUGAAGAUAAUUAUUUUUCUAAUUCAUUUUGGGAAAUUCAUCUUAGUGAUAAUAAUUAUUAUGGAAAUCUACGAUUAAGUCUUAGACUGAAUUCAAAAAAUCUCGAAAUUAUUGUUACAAAAACAAAGUUAUCAAUAUCAACCAUUAUGAAUAAUACUACAAUUAAACAUUUUGACAACAUUUGUUCUUUUUCCAAUGUAGCAAAUAAUAUAUGUGAAUUUACUGAAAGAUUUGGUUUAAAGGGGCAUAAAAGUACUCUUGAUAACGAUUAUUUAACAAUUUUUUUAAAAAUGGAACAUAUUUUGAAUGAAAAUGAAAAUUAUUUCAAACCUAGUAACAUAACUUCUGUUACAAUGACCAAAGAUAUGUCAAAUUUUCUUAAUAAUUCAGAAAUCCAACGUAAAUUCAAAAAAUUUUCGGAUUGUACAAUUAUUUGCGGUGACAAAAAACUUAAUGUCAAUAAAUUUCUACUUAUUUUACAUAGUCCUGUGUUUGAAGCCAUGUUUUUUAACAAAAAUACAUCAGAAUCUAAAGAAAAUUGUAUUACAAUUUCUGACUCAUCAAUUGAAGAAGUAGAAAAUAUGGUUAAUUUUCUUUAUAAUUUUGAACUACCAGAAAAUCUUAGUGUAGAAGAUGUUACAAAAUUAUUAAAAUUGGCUGAAAAAUAUGACAUUAAAGAACUUAAAUUUAAGUGUGAAGAAAUACUUAUGGAUGAAAUAUCAAAUGAUAAUGUUUGUGAUUUUCUUGAACUUGCUGAUACUUAUCAUUCUAAAAUCUUGAAGGAAAGAUGUAUUAAAAAAAUAAAACAAUCGUUUCUUAUCGUAUCAAAUGAUGAAAAAUUUUUACAUUUAAGGAAAAAUAGUCCAAAAUUGAUUAAUGAAGUUUAUGAAUUUAUCUUUUUGAAAAAUAAAUCUCAUAAAAUUGAGUGA